CCAAAAAGGAAUCUUCCCACUCCCCCUCCCUCCCUCCUCUCCUCUUCCCAAAGCACACACUCGCCGCCCUUUGUUCCCUCGAUGGCCUAAGCGGUUUCAUGCCUACACCUCCCCUCGACGGCCCUUGCAUAGUGCACCUCGCCGAAAUGGUAGCCCAACUCCACCACCCACCCUACCCUCUUCACCCCAGCGUCAAGGACCGCCUGCAUCCCGAAUACGUCGCCUUCUACAACAAGUACAUCCUCAACGCACAACAGGUCCACCACCUGCCCGUGUCGGUGGCGCGAGGGAGCCGGAGCGUGCCUCCCUGCCACAGCAAGCCGUUGCCCGUGGGCAGCGUCCAGGACGUGUCCAUCCCACGACGAGAGACCGCUGGGCCGACCAUCCUCAUCCGGUGCUUCACCCCACCGGGCAUCCCACCCCGAUCCGGCUGGCCGUUGGUGCUGUACUACCAUGGCGGAGGGUGGGUGUUCGGGGACAUCGACACCGAGAACACCGUGUGCACCAACAUUUGUGUCCGAGCUCAGGCGGUGGUGAUCACCACGGACUAUAGGCUUGCGCCCGAGGACCCUUGGCCGGCCGCCAUCCACGACUCGUGGGAGGCCUUUCUGUGGGCGACGUCGCGGGAGGGCGAGGAGCGGCUCGACGUGGACCUGAACAAGGUCGCCAUCACGGGGGCGUCGGCCGGGGCGAACAUCGCGGCCGUGGUGGCGCAGAAGGCGGCGCUGCGCCCGCCGCCGGGCGUCUCGAUCCGGGCGCAGGUGCUGGUGGUGCCGGUGACGGACAACACGGCGACGCCGCACUCGAGCCCCAGCUGGAAGGCGUUCGAGUUCACGGCACACCUGCCCGCGAAGAAGAUGCUGUGGUACCGGCGCCACUACCUCCCGGACCCGGCCGACUGGGCGCACCGCGAGGCGUCGCCGCUGCUGGCGCCCGACGCUGUCUUCGCGCGCCUGGCCCCCGCGCACAUCCUCGUCGGCGAGCUCGACGUGCUCCGCCACGACGGCGAGGAGUACGCCCGCCGCCUGCGCGCCAACGGCGUCGCCGCCACCGUCACCGUCAUGCAGGGCAUGCCGCACCCCUUCCUGGCCAUGGACGCCGUGCUGGAGGCCGGCCGGACCGCCAUCACGGAUAUCUGCGACGAGCUGCGCAGGGUGUUUGCGUGAAUCAAAGCGAGAUAAAAUUAUGAAUCUUUGGGAUAUUUUCCCUCCCCGGAAACCACCGCGGCUAUAACAACACAUACAUACACACACAAAGGGUAUGGGGGGAAACUGGGAGGGGAAAGGUGGGCGUUUAAGCGGGGGCCCAGACAGGUUGUUGGCUUUUUUUCGUUUUCGAUUCAUUCGUUUACUCCAGAGUUUACCUAGGUUCUUCUCUCACACACAACACGCGCCGUGCAACUCGUCCGGUUAUUGGAGAGGGCCCUACCUAGGUAGCCAACGAGGAGGGAGGGGAAGAGCGAGUUGGAGGAGUAAGGUCUGUAGGAGACGCAACAGACAGCGGGGGAGGAAGAAAUGAGAGAGGAGGGACAGCCAGAGAAAGGGGGGGAAGCAAUACGGCUCCAUUGCCUUUUAUGGUAAGCGCUUUUUGGGUCGGUGGGUCCUCGGCGGCUCAUUCGAGGGAUAUUAUUUGGCAGGCUGGGCGGGGGGAGCUGCUUGCACUCACUUUCACUUGCACCUUGUUGAUAACGAAUACCCCGGGCGAGGCCGUCCUUUCGUUUGGAGGCGGGCGGCUGAUCUGAACACCAAUAUAUGUCCACGCAUACAGACCUAACGAAUUCGAAUGCAUACAAUGAGCAAUAUGCCUA